CUGUUUGGGAUCUGGUAACACUGCCGACGUGUCAAAAUGUAAACAACUUCCAUAACUUUUCUAAAUGAGAUGACGGUGGCUGUAUAUCCGUUUUGUCCGAGCAUUGGGCUGCAAGUGGUAUUUCUUUUCAAAUUGAUCUCAUUGGCAACUGGUCAUCCCCCAGUUAGUACUCAGUCACCAAACUUUGCUUGGAACUUGCACGGAAAACCUGGUGAUGGAUAUUAUACAGAAGUUGAAAUUGGAACACCACCACAAAAGUUCAGUCUCUUGGUGGACACAGGUAGCAGUAACCUAGCAAUUGCAGGGGCUCCACAUGAAGAGUUGGAUACAUAUUUUGCCACAAAUAACUCUUCAACUUAUGUUGACCUGGGAAAGGAUGUGAAAGUCGAGUAUACCCAGGGAAGUUGGAGUGGCCAUUUAGGCAGAGAUCGUGUUCGGUUUCCUGCAUUGCUGGACUCUAUAACUGUUGAUACGGAUUUGGCCCUAAUCACAUCUUCAAAUAACUUCUAUGUUAAUAAUUCCCACUGGCAGGGCAUUGUAGGACUGGCAUUUUCUGCACUGGCACAACCCCAGGGUAAAGUGACGCCGUGGUUUGAUGGUCUAGUAACCAAGUACAAUGUAGAGAAUUCUUUCACUUUUCAACUAUGUGGACCUUACAAAGAAAAAGGAAUGUCCCGUCAUCAUGGAAAGUUAAUUAUUGGAUCAUCGUCAGAUGUGUGUCCUUCUGCCACUGCAACAAGUCCAAUUCGACGUGCAUGGUUUUAUGAAGUCUUGGUGGUAAAUAUGGCUGUUGGCAACAAAGUACUUGACAUUCCUUGUGUUAGUUAUAACACUGAUAAAAGUAUUGUGGACUCUGGUACUUCCAAUUUUCGGCUACCCUCAGAUGUUUUCAAAGUUUUGGUUGCAGAAUUAAGAAUGCAGACUUCAGCACUUGUUCCACCAUUAUCAGAAAACUUCUGGUCUGGCACUGAAGAAGUUUGUUGGCCUUUUGACAGAGAAGCUUGGGAUGCAUUCCCAAACAUAACAGUUCAUCUAGCACACAGCAAUACUUCAGCGUUUCCAAUUACCAUUCCACCUCAGUCUUAUCUUCGUCCUGCGCCAGAUGCUUUGAAUGACACCACUGACUGUUGGGUUCUUGGCAUUGAUGAAUCUCAGACUGGAACUGUUUUAGGUGCUGUAAUCUUGGAGGGUUUAUGUGUAACUUUUGAUCGUGGACACAGUUACAUUGGAUUCUCAAAGUCAUCUUGUGGUCCUAAUGUUGUCCUUGGCAAGAUUUACAAUUCUUCAGAUUGGUCAUCUUGUGUCUAUAUGCCAAAUUUUGUCGAUGGAUUGACUAUUGCAUCUUACGUGAUGGGAGGCCUUCUCUUGUUACUAUCACUUCCUCUGAUAUUUGCAUCUCUGCGUUGGACAUGGCAAUCUGUUCUUAGACCUCAGCUGUACCCUGAGGUCCCUUUCUUAACAUUAGAUGAGCCAAAUACUACAUGAUAAUUAUAAUUUUUUAUUUUUUGAAAAAUAUUUAUUCUUUAUAUCUCAUAUUUUUAUGGGUGUUUAGAACCUGUUUCACAAAAUAUGGAAUAAAAAAUAAAGCUACUAACUCUGAUGGCAAUGCUCAUGUUAGGGGAGCUUCAACCAAUAGCAGAUUAAUUUUAACUUUGAAAUAGCAUAAAAACUACACGGGUGUUUGGAGGAAGCUGUUGUUAUAAUUACUGCUCCUAUUAAUAUGAAUUGUGUUAUAGGUAGCAAGAAAUGAAAUAGAAAAUCAUUUUAGCUCAUAGCUAUUGCUUAGAUUGUGUAAAAUAUCUCCCAUUUAUUAUUGCUAUUUUUUAAUUUCUUUUUAUAAAGUUUUGAACAAGUGGAUUGGAAUAUCUAAUGAUGACAUAUGUCUAUGCACAAGAUGGCUUGAUCCUCACCUCAGAUUCUUGUCAUUGAUAUUUGCCAUCUUUGUUGAGUAGUGUUAAUGCUUAGGCUAGUGGUGACUUAAGAAAAAUGAUUUGAAUAAAUUUUUGUUUAUGGAAGUCAAGUUUAGUGAAAGGGGCAUGGUAGUAUAUUUAUGUGGAGUGUGGUAAUAUGUAAUGAAUAAAAAGGGGAACAGAAAUUAACAGCUUUUUGCUGACAGAUGAAUGAGGAACAUGGACUUCAUUGUGCAAGAGCAACAGUUUAAAAAUGAGUAAUGGUGACUGCAGAUGUUGAAGCAUAACAAAAUUAAGGGUUACUAGUCAGAGAGAGGUAAGUUUGCUCAGCAGUUAAGUUGUUGUAGAGCAUUUUUUGUGACUGUAAGAAAAGAAAUGUUAGACAUGCUACAGUGUUCAUACGAUUUGUAUACCAAGAAAUUUGAAAAUUUUUAGUGAAAGCCAAAAGUUUUAAUGAUUGAGGAUUAAUCAUUCAUUAUGUGCCAUAGGAGAAUGUUUUGAACCAUUGUAAAGAAUAAAGCUGUGCAGAAAGAUAGAAUGUGGGCAAUAGAUUUACGUAUCAGUGAAGAUGGUAUAUCAGUAGCAGUAAUUUUAAAAUGGACCACUUAAUGGCUUGUAUGUUAUGUUUGGUGCAUAUGCACUGUAAGUGAUAAGGGUUAAUGUACUUUUGUAGUCAGUAUAUUAUAAGGCUAAAACCAGUGUCUUAUGAUUGUGUUAAGAGGUUGACAAAAGAUUGUAUAGUUUGGUACAAAAAACAGAGGAGAUGGUUUUUCAGAUGUAACUCAGUAUAGGAAGCAGGCUUGAAUUUAGUCACGGUAAAAAGAUGGAAUAUAUAAUAAUUUGAGCUAUUCUGUAAAGAAGGCAAGAUCUUAGUGGUUAGUGAGCUAAAUUGCUUGAUUUUUAGAAAACUUGUAAAAAGACAAUUAAAUUCAGGAAUUUGCAAAAGUUGGCUUUUAUAUUUUUUAUAUAAAUUUUAGCCUAUGGUAAACUGAAUAAGGGUUGUAUUCAUUGGUAGCUUGAAUUUGAGAAAGAUAAUUUUUCACUUUUCAUAGUGAGUUCCUUUUAAGUAUUUACUGGGGUGGAAAAAUAUGUCAAAAUAGGUUGAUAAGGAUAGGUCAGUGCAUCUUGUGAUAUGAAAAGUUUGAUACAAAGGUAAAAUUUUGUGAUGUUAAAAGAGAAAUGCCUUAUUAUUAUAACGGUAUAGUCUGAUUGUUAUAGCUUUUUGUUAAUUUUGCAAGUUGUGACUGCAUAAAUUUCAAACUUCCUAGUACAGUAUAUUUAAUUCCAAUAGAAUAGAUAUUCAAAUGAAAUCUUGAAAGUUUAUUUUUUGUAAAGGGACACUGAAUACUCAAUGCAGUAAGUUUUUUGUCAUAAUGAAGCUGGAAGAGAAAUCCUUAUAUGUAUCUUAUUUGUUAUACUGUACCAAUUUUUACUUCACUAGAUUUCGUGAAUGUCUACAUAAAAAAAGACUUGUUCUUUAGUAGAA